AUGUCAAUGCCAACUCCCCAGUAUCGGCUCCAAGCGAUUCGAGCCCAUGACGUCUAUGAGCCAGCCGAGGACACGUUUCUCCUCAUUGAUGCUAUUGAGAAGGAUAUUAAGGAAAUCCGAUCUCGCGACCCCAAGCUUGUACUGGAAAUCGGAUGUGGUUCGGGAGUCGUCUCGACGUUCGUAAAUCAGGCUCUCGGCGGAAAUGUGACGUCAGUGGCGACUGACUUGAACCCACACGCGUUGGAUGUGACACUGGAGACCGCAAAGCUCAAUGAUAUUAAGAUUGAUGUGGUUCGUACGGAUUUGUUUGCAGGAUUGGAGAAUCUACUUGGGAAGGUAGACGUGCUCCUCUUCAACCCACCGUACGUCCCUACUGACGAAGAGCCCAAAUCAAACAUCGAAUUGACCUACGCUGGCGGCCGAACCGGUAGAUCAACGCUCGAUCGUCUUUUGCCACGUGUCCCCGAGCUUCUGUCCCCACGUGGUGUCUUCUAUCUCGUCGCACUUCACUCGAACGAUAUCCCGGCACUGCUCAAAGAGCACUCGGAGCAAAUGACGGUGUCAGUGUCAAUGGAGCGCCGUUGCGGCAUCGAACAUUUGUAUAUUUUGAAAUUUGUGAUGAAGGAGAAUAAUGUUAAAGCGGCGCCACUUGCGGAAAUUGAAUAAAUUUGUUGUUUUUCUUGGAUUUUCGAUAAAAUUCACGGAACUUCAAUAAAAAAUCUGAAACCACUGC